GGCCAACAGUCAGCAACUGGACAUUCGGAAAGAUGCAUCUGAACCUCAAAUACUUCAUUGGCUUUUUGCUGGUGCUGCUCUGCAGCGUUUUUGCGAGUGCCUAUCCUCAGGGUCCGGGAUGUGGUCCGCCACCCAGUGGAACGCCUCCUCCUGGACCUCGGCCAUCGGGUCCUCCGCCUGGAGGUCGCUGCGGACCACCGCCUUCGACCACAGCCGCGACCACUGGCUAAAUCGGUCCUGAUUCCCGAUUUCCGGAUUCCGACUCCAAUCCCAUUGAGGCUCCCCGACACGUCACAUAGGAAAAUCCUUUAGCUAAGUCUCCUUUCUUUUUUUUUUUUAUGACAAUCAAUUCAGUAUAAAUAUAUGUGUGUAUACUUGCUUUA